AUGUCCUCCUCAAGUUUUAAUUGUUAUAAAAUCCUUGAAUUAGACAAGGAAACAGCUACAAUUAACGAUAUAAAGAAAGCAUAUCGUAGACUUGCUUUAAAGUACCACCCAGAUAAGCAACCUACCGAUGCUACAGAAGAAGAAAAGAAAAAAGCAAAUGAGGCAUUCCAAAGGAUGGGCAAAGCAUAUGCAGUAUUAAGUGAUCCCAAACGAAAAGAACGAUAUGACCGAACCGGAAGUAUGGACGAAAGCGAGUUUGAAGGAGAAAAAGAUUGGACAGCUUAUUUCAAAGAACUGUGGGAUGGUGUUGUCAGUGCUGAAACAAUAGAGGCUCAGGCACAAAAGUAUAGAGGCUCUGAAGAAGAAAAGAAGGAUGUUUUGGAAGCUUAUAAACGACACAAGGGCAGCAUGGACGAUAUCCUACAAGUCAUUGAAUGUUCAGUUGCUGAGGAUGGUAUGCGUUUUGAAAAGAUGAUAAGAGAGGCAAUUGAACACAAUCAGGUUCCUACUUUUAAAAAGUUUGAAAAAACAACGACAGCCAAAGCCCAUGAGAAGCGUAUAAAAGAUGAAAGUAAGCAAAGAGCAGACUUUGAUAAACAGGCAGGAGAAGACAUGGAUUCUCUUGCUCGGGCUAUUCAAAAAAGAAACAAGGAUAGACAGAAUAAGAUGGAAUCCAUUAUAAGCUCAAUAGAAGUAAAGGAGAAGGCGAAAUCAGGGAAAAAGAGAGGCCAUGACCAAGUAGAUCCUGAUAUGCCUACAGACGAAGAAUUCGCAAGAAUACAAGAGCAAAUGAUGAAGCGAUCGAAAAAGAAUACACAGUAA